AUGGCCGGUUUAUCUCGUCUCCUUCCUGCUGCUCGUACUGCUGUAGUUAAGACUACUCAAAGAAACUCUUCUGGAAGUUUCUAUGGCUCUAACAACGUCGAAGGAUUCAAGCAUUCUUUGACUGCCACCUUGAAGCAAGCUGAGACCACAAAAGAAACUUGGAAGAAGAUCUUCUACAUUGCUUCUAUCCCAUGUCUUCUUAUGACAAUGUAUGCUGCCUUCGCUGACCACAAGAAGCACAUGUCCCACGAACGCCCAGAAUACAUCGAGUACUCAUACUUGAACGUUAGAAACAAGCCAUUCCCAUGGGGAGAUGGAAACCAUUCUCUUUUCCACAACAAGAGUGAACAAUAUGUCCCCGGAGUUGGCUUCGAAGCUGAGCGUGAGCAUCAUUAA